GGAGGUCUUAUGCAACUGGAUCCUGCUUAGUUUCAAGUAUAUUAGAGAUCAGAUACUAAUCAUACUAUAAUAAUGGCAACACAAGCUGAAUUUGAGCAUCCUAGAAAGGCCUUUGGUUGGGCAGCUAGGGAUACUUCUGGUGUUCUCUCACCUUUUAAUUUCUCUAGAAGGGAAACGAGAGAGAAUGACGUGGCAUUCAAAGUUUUGUAUUGUGGGGUAUGCCACUCUGACAUACACAUGCUGAAAAAUGAAUGGGGCUUUUCCCUAUAUCCAUUAGUUCCUGGGCAUGAGAUUAUAGGCAUAGUGACAGAGGUGGGAAGCAAGGUAAACAAGUUCAAAGUUGGGGACAAAGUUGGUGUUGGAUGCAUGGUUGGUUCUUGCCGCAAAAACACAUGCAGAAACUGUAAUGAUGCUCUAGAGAACUAUUGUCCACAAAUGAUUCUCACAUAUGGUGUCAAAGACACUGAUGGCACCAUCACCUAUGGGGGCUAUUCUGACUUAAUGGUUGCUGAUGAAAACUUUGUGGUUCGAAUUCCUCAAGGCUUUCCUCUUGAUGCUGCUGCUCCUCUCCUUUGUGCCGGCAUCACAGUGUAUAGCCCUCUUAGAUAUUAUGGGCUUGACAAGCCUGGACUCCAUGUGGGUGUGGUUGGUCUUGGUGGGUUAGGUCACAUGGCUGUUAAGUUUGCCAAAGCUUUUGGGGUUAAGGUAACGGUCAUCAGCACCUCCCCUGAGAAAAAGGACGAGGCAAUUCAACUUUUAGGAGCUGAUCACUUCCUUAUAAGUCGUGACCAUGAUCAGAUGCAGGCUGCAACGGGCAGUUUUGAUGGUAUUAUUGACACAGUUUCUGCCUUCCAUCCUUUAUUGCCUCUAGUUAGUUUAUUGAAGUGUCACGGGAAGCUUGUAAUGGUUGGUGCGCCGGAGAAGCCUCUAGAGCUGCCAGUAUUUCCUUUAAUUAUGGGAAGAAAGACAGUUGCGGGUAGUACCAUUGGAGGGAUGAAAGAGACACAAGAGAUGAUUGAUUUUGCUGCUAAACAUAACGUGAAACCUGAAAUUGAGGUUAUUCCUAUUGAUUAUAUUAACACAGCAUUGGAGCGUCUACUCAAAGCUGAUGUCAAAUAUCGUUUUGUCAUCGACAUUGGAAACACUCUAAAACCUUCCACUUGAAGCAUUUACUGUCAUAUCUUUGUGUUUUGUGUAUUUAAUAUAUAUUUUAUUCUAAAUACGUGGCUGAUAUUGUAUCUACUAUGCACUUCCUUUCACUACUACUACAAGUUAGUGAUCAAAUCCAGGGGAUGAAGGUGGAGGACCUUCUAAGCGGAUAUAAUCAUACAUGACUCCUUCAAAUGCAGUUAAAGCUUUAGAUUGCUUCAAAUAGAUGAUGUUCUUUCCUUUCACCAAAUGCUUCCCACUUACACCUAUGCUAUAGAGCUUAUACAAUCCAUGGAUGCCAUGCCUUGCUAUGGCAUUGUCUUCUCCUACUUGUCCUGUUGUGAAGUGUGCAGGAUUUGCAUUUUUAGGGUCAUUGAACCAAACCUGAAAUAAAAUCCAUUUCGCACUUGUAAACUAUGUUAUCUAAUUAAGCAUAACCAAAAGAAAUGUUAAAUUACUGAACCUGCAAUUCAGCUUCAGUUGAGGAUGCCAAAGCCAGUUGUAGUGUGUAUAUUCCUCUGGAUGUGACAUUUGGAAGGUCAAAUACAAUUUGCCAUGUGCAUGGUCUGUA